AUGGCGAAGAGCAAUGAUUCGCCCAAGUGUUUCGGCAUUCCCAUGAAGUGGGUCUCGCUGCUGAUGUUGGUGGCCCAAACGGUCAGCGUCGUCUUCGCCAUGCGGCUCUCGCGCACGUUGGCCGUGGAAGGUCCCAGAUAUCUCAACACCACGGCCGUCUUCUUCUCGGAGGUCAUGAAGCUCAUUUGCAGCUUCCUCUUCCUCAGCCACGAAGUGGGUGAGCCGGCCACUGCUGCGAAGACCGUCCUGCAAACUUUCCGCAGGAGUGGCGUGGAGCUCCUGAAGGUGAGUGUGCCCUCUUUGCUGUACACGGUGCAGAACAAUCUGCUGUUCAUCAGCUUGUCGAACCUCAGUGGGGCGGUCUACCAAGUGACCUAUCAGUUGAAGAUUCUCACCACUGCCGUGCUGAGUAUGUUGAUCCUCAACAAGGCACUGGGGAGCACCAAGUGGUGUGCACUGCUGAUUUUGACCACUGGCGUGGCCUUGAUCCAGUUGCCCAGAGGUGAAGCGAAGGAGGAUGUACAGAAAGGAGAUUCAGUGGUUGGACUGGCGGCAGUGAUCUCCGCCUGUUUUACCAGUGGGUUAGCUGGUGUGUACCUUGAAAAGAUCCUCAAGCAAACCGACUCCUCGAUUUGGAUGAGGAAUAUCCAGCUGGCCUUCUUCGGUGGCAUCCUUGCGUUCAUCGGGUGCUACGUGCAAGAUGGCAAGAAGAUUGCGGAGAACGGCUUCAUGCAAGGCUAUUCGGGCCUCGUCUGGGCCGUGAUCGCCUUGCAGGCCAUCGGUGGACUGGUGGUGGCUGCAGUGCUGAAGUAUGCGGACAAUAUCCUCAAGUGCUUCGGCAAUGCCUUGUCCAUUGUGAUCAGCUGUAUCAUGUCGGCGGUCUUCUUGCAGGAGUUCAAGCCAGACCUGCUGUUCGUGCUGGGUACGCUGUGUGUGCUCAUAGCGACCACACUCUACAGCAUCUCAGCCAUCCGAUGGGAGGUUUCAUGUGGGGCCCGUGGAGAAGAGAUAGGGAAGAGCUGUCAGUCGGACCUCGUGGCAAGAACCCAUUGA